GAGCCCCAGCGCUCUCAGUGCAGGGAGAAGCAGCGAGUCUCUGUGAGGGGGGAACUUUGUUUCUAUGAAACUUAGCAGGAUCCGCAAAAUAUUGUAAAAAUUACCAAAAUCCCUCGUGAACCAACCACCUGCCCCCAGGGUGCGAGGUUUUUAGUGCAGUUCGCCCGGAAAGGGCCGCGCCACUCACUAUUCUUACACUUUUUUUUUUGAAAGAAUGUGUGAGGCAGACAGUUAGCCGGCUAAGCUAGCUAGCUAGCUAGCAGAGAGGUGAUACAGGCGGCAGGAGAACAAAAGGGGUUUUUUUUUUUCGUUGGGCCGGUUGUACUGACACCAAGUCCAUGCAGAACGUGUCAUUACCAUCACAAUGCCCGUUUUACUUUUUCUGAUAGACACGUCCGCUUCAAUGAACCAGCGCACCCAUCUGGGCACUACCUAUCUGGACAUAGCAAAAGGCGCAGUUGAGACUUUUAUGAAGCUCAGGGGCAGAGAUCCGGCGAGCCGAGGGGACCGGUACAUGUUGGUAAAUUUUGAAGACGUUCCCUUCGGGAUCAAGGCCGGAUGGAAGGAGAGCCACGCGACAUUCAUGACAGAGCUCCGCAACCUCCAAGCAGCUGGACUCACAUCUAUUGGCCAGUCCUUGAGGACCGCUUUUGAUUUACUCAAUCUCAAUAGAUUAGUGACUGGGAUAGACAACUAUGGACAGGGAAGGAAUCCCUUUUUCCUCGAGCCCGCCAUCAUCAUCACCAUCACCGACGGCAACAAGUUGACGAGCGGCGGCGGAGUCCAAGAUGAGCUCCAUCUGCCUCUGACCACCCCGCUGCCAGGGAGUGAGUUGACCAAGGAGCCCUUCCGCUGGGACCAGCGCCUGUUCGCCCUGGUGCUGCGGAUUCCCGGCAACGCCUCGGUGGAGCCCGAACCCCUCGGAGGCGUCCCGCCUGACGAUUCCCCCAUCACUCCCAUGUGCGAGGUCACAGGAGGACGUUCUUACAGCGUGUUCUCUCAGCGUAUGUUGAAUCAGUGUCUGGAGUCUCUGGUGCAGAAGAUUCAAAGUGGAGUGGUGAUAAACUUUGAGAAGACGGGGCCUGACCCUCCCCCACUGGAGGACGCUCCAGCUGAGGUGUUGAAAGGUGGUCAGCAGCCUUGGCAUUGCUGUCACAAGCUGAUUUACGUACGACCCAACCCUAAAACCGGCGUUCCCAUCGGCCACUGGCCCAUCCCUGAGGCCUUCUGGCCCGACCAGAACUCCCCGACGCUGCCCCCGCGCUCAGCCCACCCACACGUACGUUUCUCCUGCCUGGACUCUGAGCCCAUGGUGAUUGACAAGGUGCCCUUCGACAAGUACGAGCUGGAGCCUUCGCCUCUCACACAGUACAUUCUGGAGAGGAAGUCUCCACACACCUGCUGGCAGGUGUUUGUGUGUAACAGUGCCAAGUACAGUGACCUGGGCCAACCCUUCGGCUACUUAAAGGCCAGCACAGCCCUCAACUGUGUCAACCUGUUUGUGAUGCCCUACAACUACCCUGUUCUUCUGCCACUUCUGGACGAUUUGAUCAAAGUGCACAAGUUUAAGCCAACCAUCAAAUGGCGACAGUCCUUUGAGAACUACUUGAAGACCAUGCCUCCAUAUUAUAUCGGGUCUGUGAGGAAAGCCCUGAGAAUCAUGGGAGCACCAAACCUGCUGGCCGAAAACAUGGAGUACGGCCUGAGCUACAGCGUGGUCUCGUACCUGAAGAAGCUCAGUCAGCAGACAAAAAUCGAGUACGACCGUCUGAUCGCCUCGAUUGGUAAAAAGCAACCACCAGAGGCCGGCAUCAAGGUGCGUUGGCGGGGCGGUGGUAUAUCUCUGGCCCAGCGCAGGAACUUCAUCCAUCAGCUGCUGAAUCUCUCAGGAGAAACCCCGACUCUGCCCGUGGAGCUCAACCCCAAAGAGUUUCAAGGUUUUCAUCUGGCUCUGCUCAACAAGGGCCUGAAGCCUCAGAGCUUUAGGAAUCCCUACGACGUCCCUCGCAGCCACCUGCUGGACCACCUGAGCAGGAUGAGGAGAAAUCUGCUCAACACCAGCGUCUGUUCUCUCCGAGGGCAAGACUCAGACCAGCUCCACAGCGUGCCAAUCGCCCAAAUGGGCAACUACCAGGACUUCCUCAAAGCUGCUCCUCAGCCUCUUCGAGAUGCAGACCCCGAACAGCCCAAACGCCUGCACACGUUCGGAAACCCCUUCAAACUAGACAAGAAGGGUAUGAUGAUCGACGAGGCAGACGAGUUUGUGACGGGCCCUCAGAACAAAGGGAAGAGACCAGGAGACAGUAGCAACAUGCAGGGCGGAGGCCCCAAGAGACGGCGCUGCAUGUCGCCUCUGCUUCGUCUGGGCAGAGCUUACACGCCCCCAGUAUCGCCACCCGCCAGCCCUCGAGCUACAGCAGACAUGGACCUGAAUGACGGAGCACCUGAACCAGACCUGAUCAUCAACCACCUGAGUCAGAACCAUUACAGCUCAGACACUGGCUCGGACUCGGAGGUGGAUCAUCUGUCAGGGUCGACCAACCACCAAGAGAACCACACGGCCCUGGAACCCCAGGACCUCCUGCACGGAGACGGAGACGAGGACGAAGAGAACGGCCAGCCCCGGGUGGGGGAGCUGCCGCUGGUUAGCGAGGAGGAGGAGGGCAUGAACUUGCUGCUGAUGGAGGACCAGCCGCCUCGCUACCUGUCGCCCACAGCUCUGAAGAAGCACAUCCACGACGAGACGACGAAGGUCAACAAUGAGCUUAGGGUCCUCAUCACCAAGGAGAUCAGGAAACCUGGCAGACACUACGAGAAGAUCUUCCUCCUCCUGAAGCAGAUCCAGGGAACUCUGGACACUCGGCUCAUCUUCCUCCAGAACAUCAUCAAAGAGGCGGCCAGGUUCAAGAAGCGCGUUCUCAUCGAGCAGCUGGAAAACUUCCUGGAGGAGAUUCACACCAGAUCCCUGAACAUGAACCACGUGGACCCGCUCUGAGACGAAGCGAUCCCAAACUGGACUUAUUGAUAAUAAUGAACCCGAGGCCCCUUACCCCUCCCCUCCUCCCCCCCUGUGUCUUGGGGCACCUGCGGAGACGAGACAGCAUCCAGCUCUCAGAACUCUCCCCCCUCAGGUGGACUCUCUGUUGGUUUACACACAGUAUGAACUGUAGCAGCAGUGUUGACUCUGGAUGACGCAGGUGCAUUGUUCAGAUAUUAAAGGGGGGGGGGGGUCAUCUUUGUUGCUGCAGGUGAAGUGUUUGCCUAUGCAAUGGGAUGUUUGGCCUGUUGAACAUUCGGCCACGGUCGCUUUUCAGAACUGUGAAUUCAUCCUCAGGCGUUCCCUUUGAUUAUCCUCCUCCCCUCGAUCUGAUCGUUUUGUUUUUAAGCGACAAAUGAAAAAGAAAAGUCUCAAGUGGGGAAGAGGAGUAAAUGAGGAAUGUUUCCGCAGCGCACCACCCUGCCCCUGGAUAAGAUGUUCAAUCCUGAGUUCUCUGGCGUAAAAGUUACAGGCCAACAAAGAAGGAAUGGGUUCACGUGUGCACGUUUUCAUCCAACUCAGGGUCAGAUGGGAUCCAGCUGAGAAGUUCAAAUAAUUACUUUUCUCAUCAUCUUUUCAUUCGUUCACUUCUGUUUUCAGGUUUGGUUUUCUGGGUUUUGUGGGAGGAUGAGAGUCCGUCGUGUGCGACUGUUGAAUUCUAAUUUCCACACUCCGCUAACUGAAGCACUCCACUGCUGAGCUCUUAAACGGAAUUCAUAUUAUCGUGCUUCAAUUCAGAUCUCGACUUUGUCAACUGGUGGUUUAACUAAUAGAAUGACAAUUGAUAUUACUGAGGCAUAACAUGACAAUGAAUAAUAAUUUUUCUUCCUCCUGAGGGAAAAAAAAAAAACGAUCCGCUGCUUUCGUUGCAUUUGCAGGCGGUUAACUUAAAAAGUCGGAGGCUUUUGCGGCGCAGGUUCUCAGAGAGGGCAACACGGUAAAAAGUUAAAUAAUUGUAAAUGUUUGAACAACAUUAUUGGUAAUAAAUGUUGAAAUACAGGGACAAGAAGCUCAGGAACUGAUACUUAAUGCAUCACGAUCAGCAAUAACGUCGGAGCAACAUUAAUUCCUCCACUACCACCUAACUCUUACUGUAGUGUGAAACAGCUGAUGGGCAACAUCGACCGUCGUCCCCUGGAGUGUUGAUGAACCCGAGGUCUCGGAUGCCAGCUUGUCCCAAUGUGCUGGUCGCUGCCAAAUAAUGUUAACCCCCUAGCCCCCCCCCCCACCCGCUCCCUGAACCCGUCUCCCUGCCGUGAAUCUCAAACAGACUUCUUGUCACUUAACCGUGAAUGCACUUGUGUACAUUUGAGAAUGUUUAUUUAAUAUAAUUUGUUGCAGAAGAUUUUUUUUUUUCUCCUCCAACAAACUUCAGUCGGGGCUUUUCACUUUUCUCAAAUAUACACAAAUAAUCUGAACUAAGGUCAAGAGUCGAUUUCUGAUUCAGGGGGCCGCCCUUUUUCUGUCCCCCCCCCCCACCCCCCCCUCGGACAGGGACCAAAAUCUGCCAUACUUGUCUUUGUUUGUGAAGAGGCCGCUACCAAAAGAGUAUUUUGAAUACACUGUAAAGAUGUAAAUAACCCUAGAGUACUAUUUAAAGAGAAUGUCCUGCGUAAAAUGGCCUUUUUGUAAGUAUUUCCAUGAAUAAAGUUUCUAUUUUACACUGUGAAAGGCCAUGUAAAUAAAGUGUUAUGUAAA